ACACCACACAAAAGGAAGAAGCUUUACGUCUUUUUUCAUGCGCCACACAUCCGCUGUUGGGUCUUCGCGUACCAAGUGAAGUUAUACUGUCAUUUUUUAAGAGUCCGAGAGCUACACACGGGCAGCCAUGGACAAUCAGGCAGUUGAAAUGAUUUCAAAGGUUUUGGAGGAAAGUGUGAAGGUGGUAGAAGAGCAGGUGGAUGCACAGCUGAGCCAGCUGAACAAAAUUGAUGAAGAUGAAUUGGAGAAACUGAAGGAGAGGCGAUUAGAGGCACUGAAAAAAGCUCAGAAACAGAAGCAGGAGUGGUUGUCCAAGGGCCAUGGGGAAUACAAAGAAAUCCCCAGUGAGAAAGACUUCUUCAGUGAAGUGAAGGAGAGUAAGAAGGUUGUGUGCCACUUCUACAGAAAUUCAACCUUCAGGUGUAAAAUCCUGGACAAACACCUGGCCAUCCUGGCUAAAAAACACGUGGAGACCAAAUUCAUUAAACUGAAUGUAGAAAAGGCUCCAUUUCUGUCAGAAAGGCUUCGCAUCAAAGUUAUCCCAACGCUGGCUUUGCUUAUAGAUGGAAAGACAAAGGACUACGUAGUUGGAUUCACUGAUCUGGGCAACACUGAUGAGUUUUCAACAGAGAUGCUUGAAUGGAGACUUGGAUGCGCAGAUGUUAUCAACUACAGUGGUAACCUGAUGGAGCCUCCUACAAAGACACAGAAAUCUGGUUCAAAGUUCACAAAAGUGGAGAAGAAAACCAUCAGAGGGAGAGGUCACGAUUCUGAGUCCGAUUCUGAAGAUGACUGAAAACAACUGACUGGUUUUCUGUCAUGGGGCUACCUCCCAAACAAGUUUUUUUUUUAAGCUGAGACUGUUUUUGUUUUUUCCCCCAAGAAACUUUAAGCUUAAUUUGAAAUCAGAGGCAACUUCAGUCGUUUGUUUUGCCUUUAAAAUAUGUUGGAACAGAGUCAGUGAUGCAUGUGGGUGCCAAAAUCCAAUUCUGAUUUUUAGUAUCAGAAUACGUUUUAAAUGACAGUGUAGUAAGUUUGAAUAACAAAUCUAAUACAAUAAAUUUAAUGUUUUAA